CAGGGAACAUGCACAGUUUCACUCACAACCGAUAACAACACAGACCACAAUGUUUAAGCUGGUGGUGUUGUCCGUAACCCUUGCCCUGACGUCAGCCACUGGGCUGGCUCCCCUCGGUCUCGGAUGGGGCGCUCAUUGGGGAGCUCCACUGGGUGCACACUUAGGUGCAGCUCCCUUAGCCGCUGCGAUUGCUGCCCCAGCUUUGGUUGGACCAGCAGCGAUUGCCGCGCCCCUUGGCCUUGGCCUCGGACACGGUGCGUACAACUACAGAGGGCCCCUCUCCCUGGCACCUGGUCAACCUGCUAACAUCUUGGCUGCCGACGGAAGACCUUUGGAUACGCUUAGUGUGAACUUGGACCGUGCCGCUCACUACACCGCGAGGGCGCUCGAUGGCGGACAUCUUUUGAAGAAGAGAUCCAUUCUUGCACCAGCUGUGGCUUGGUCUCACGCUGCCCGUGUUGACUGGCCAGCUGCUCGUAUUGUUGGCCCUGCCGUCGCUCCUCUUGGCUUAGCACCCAUUGCUCAUGCUGCUCCUUGGGGUUUGGGAGUUGGCGCACGUUGGGGACACGGUUGGUGAACUAAAUUGGAACAACAAUAUUAGGCUAUCAAAAUUAAUUAUAUAGUAUAUAAUAAAUUGACAAAAAUAAAGAGAGUUACCUAAAU